AUGCGCCUGCGUUCCAUCCCUGAACGAACUUUUACAUCGAUGUCGUUUAUUAGAAGAUCAUAUGGAACAUAGCUCAUGAUAUAGAGUGACACAGAUGAAAUGAAAGUAUCUCUACAAGGAGGUAUAUACUUAGGAAGGCCAAUAUUAUUACCAUCACGCCAAAAAUGAGCUAAUUCUGUGGGCAUGGCCUCCCAUGCUCGGUUUCUCGACCGUUUUUUAAGUCCAUCGACCGUGGCCGCCUGGAACUCCGCCAUCCGAGCAUCCGCCAACGAAGGCCUCCACCGGGAAGCCCUCCUUCUAUACCGCCGGAUGAAGCGAUCCGGGCUCCACCCCGACCACCUCACCUUCCCCUUCCUUCUCAAAGCCUGCGCGCGCCUUCCCGGUACCCCCAUCCCCCAAAUCAUCCACGCCCACGUCCUCAAAUCCCCCUUCUCCUCUGAUGUCUUCGUGGGGACGGCGGUGGUCGACAUGUACGUCAAGUGCCGGCAACUGGGGUCUGCGAAUGUUCUGUUUGAAAGUAUGCCCGAGAGAGACGCCGCCGCUUGGAAUGUCAUGAUCAUGGGAUUUUCUGACCUUGAUUCUCUUGACAGGGUUUUAGUUCUCUUUCGCCGCAUGAGGUCGGCCGAGAUCAGCCCUGACUCAAUCACCUUCAUAAGCUUGACUCGGUCGUGCGGGUGCGAGAGCAAUCUGAGCAUGCUGAAAGCUGUUCAUUGUUUGGGGAUUCGGAUGGGAAUCGGAGCUGAUGUUGCAGUGGCCAACACCUGGAUUGCUGCCUAUGCCAAGUGCGAGGAUCUGGACUCAGCUGAAUCUGUCUUUACCAAUAUCUCCAUCGAAACGAGGUCAGUUGUGUCAUGGAAUUCCAUGAUCGCAGGUUAUGCAUAUGUUGGAAGAUCCAAGGAAGCUAUUGGUUUCUUUUGUUGGAUGAGUCGAGAAGGUGUUCGACCAGAUUUGAGCACCACUGUCAGCUUACUUUCGGUGUUAGCGCAUUCGGAAGCAACAUCAGAGGGUAAGCUGAUUCAUUCAGUUUCUAUUAAAGCAGGAUUUGAUUCAGAUGUUUCUUUUAUGAAUACUCUGAUUGCAUUUUACUCAAAGUGUGGAGAUGUCGAUGCUGCACGAUAUUGUUUCAGGAACAUGUCUGAGAGGACUCCUGUUUCUUGGACCGCCCUUAUUAGUGGCUAUGCUGAAAAUGGAUAUACGGAUGAGGCUAUGGAUCUGUUUCAUGCCAUGGAAGCUGCUGGGGAGAGACCUGAUGCAGUCACUGUGGUUGCUGUUCUCUCUGCUUGUAGCCAAAUGGGAGCUCUUGAGCUCGGCAGGUCAAUGAAUAGGUAUGCAAUUGCAAAUGGGUUUGAAGGUAGCGUCCUGGUUUGUAAUGCAUUGAUCGACAUGUAUGCCAAAUGUGGUAGCCUCGGUGAGGCUCGAAGACUUUUCGAUAUCAUGCACGAAAGAACUAUAGUCUCUUGGACCGCCAUGAUCAUGGGUUAUGCCAUGAAUGGACAUUUUACAGAAGCUUUAGAUCUAUUUUCUCAGAUGGUGAAAUCAGGAUUGAAGCCGAAUCAUGUAACAUUUUUGGCUGUACUGCAAGCAUGUGCCCAUGGUGGCUUGUUGGAAAAGGGGUGGGUCUAUUUCGAUAUGAUGAGUAAAAUAUAUCACAUAAAGCCCAGAUUAGAACAUUAUGCUUGCAUGGCCGAUCUCCUUGGCCGUCGAGGGGAACUAAAAGAGGCAUUCAGAUUCAUCCAGAGAAUGCCUAUCGAACCGGAUGCUGGUGUAUGGGGUGCUCUCCUUGGUGCUUGCAUAACUCACCACGAGACAGAGAUCGGGAUGUAUGUGGCGAGCCGUCUUUUUGAAUUAGAACCUCAAGCAGCUGCAUCAUAUGUUGGUAUGGCCAACAUUUUUGCUGCAAAACAGAGGUGGGAAGGUGCAGCAAAGCUACGUAUGAUGAUGAAACAGAAGGGGAUCAGGAAAUUACCUGGACGAAGUAUCGUUCAGGUGAACAGGAAGUUUCAUAUAUUCACUGUUGAAGAUAGGAGUCAUCCUGAAGGCUUACAGAUUUAUGAAGUCUUGGAUAAUUUGGCUCUGCACUUAAAAGAAGCAGGUUAUCAGACAGAUUUUGAAUAUUUAUUGACAUAUGAACUGGAAUAGAAGUGGAGCUGAGUCAUCCAUUUUGCUGGAAAGAGGCAUUUUCUUUCUAUUUUGCUCCGAACUCCAAAGUACUUACAAUGGUGGGAAAUCUAAGCUUAAUAACUUGCAUUCAGAAUUGGUUUGCCCAGCAGCAUGCUUUGUGGGGGACAAAAAUGCUGUAAGUGCCAGCAUGCUUUUGUGGGGAAAAAUAAUGCUGGAAGACAAUGGUUGUGAGAGGCUUGCUAUUCAAGUAUCAAUGCAGUUCUCCAUCAUUAUAGAGAUGGAUUUAUACUAGAGAUGCUCAAGAUCAGACCUUCCGAGAUAUUUAUACUUCUGGUUUCCAUGGGGCGAUAUAUUAUACUGCUAUAAAUGCUCCGGGAGCAUCGUUCGGUGCUUCAAGAACUGCAGCUGGUUCAGAUGCUUUUUACAGCCAAAUAUGGGGAGGAAUUUGUCAGAGCUGCAAUCAAACUCAUGCCAGAUUGAGUGGAAAAAAAAGCUAGGUUCUAUGAACUGUCAAGCAGCGGUUAUCAAAUUGUGAUCCACACAUUUCCAUUUGAGUUUGUCUUCAAAUUGUUCAUGCCAGAAAACCGAUUCGGGCUCCUUCGGUGGAAACCAAACUGAAGUUGCUUAAGGAAAAUGCUGAAGAACAUUAGUUAGAUUUUGAUCCACUUGUCUGUGAAAAAGUUCCUCAAGCCACAACCAGAGAUUUAAUGGUAAGUUGUUGUCAUUAUGUACUAUUAUCAGGAUACCUAUUCUCUUCAACAGAAUGGGAGAUUGUCUCUAUUAAUCAUCGGAAUGGGCCACCUUAUUCUUUGGUUUGUCUGAUAUUGCCCUAUCCCAAGGAGAAACAUGAGGAAAAGAAAUCUUCCACCCAUGGGGAAGUUUUUCAUGAAGAACCCGAUCCAGGGCUUGACCAGGGAAGAGUAUAUUUGUUGGCUUUAGAUUACCAUGAGGCAGAUCCUUUUUCAUGAUGAAGGUAGGACAAGUACCGAGCCUCAUCUAUGGCGACCCUUUAGCCUUUGGCUGACUAAUAAGCGCAAGCAUCUUCUUGUAUUGACUCAGACUCUGCACAGCAUAUGUGGAGCAAAAGUAGAAUCUUAUAUUUCACUAGGAACAUAUUGUUAGUAGGAAAAAGAUAAGGUCAGGCAGAUGGCCACAAAAGCAUCAAUUUGCAAGUACCAGUUCAUGGCGAGCAUGUUAAUGCUAAGGUGUCAAUAAAAUAACCAAAAUAUUCAGCACCAAGGAAUAUAUGUCAAGUACAUGGGAUGCAGGCGUGAAGCACGAUAUUGGAAUAGCAAUCAUGAUCAAUCCAGAAAGUCGCUACACUUGAUCUUAGCCCAAAGGCAGAGAAAGGUAUAUCCAGAAAGUCACUAUACCAUUGAUUCUAGUGAAGUUAGGCCAAAAUCUAAAUCAAAAGGAAAAAUAAUCUAUACUGUUAAUUGGUGCAGCCAAUUAAAGUACAUGUCAUUAAAACCCUCUUAACCAAACAUCCUACUGAACUAUGCAAUCAUUUUUGUGGUCUUAACCACAAUUUUUCAUUUAAAUUCCAUUUUAGAUUGUAUGCUUAUAACUGACAGGCACCAGGAAGUACUGUGAGAUUGGUUAGAUGAGCAAAAUUACUUUUCAGCGAACAGCUUACUGAUAAAGGCUGAACAUCCAAACGUUAUUAAGAAUUUCAUCAUAUCCACUUACUAGCUGCCCUAACUUUCGUUUUUGAGAGACAGAACAUGGGAAGUCACUCGCACAGCAAUAGGUCAUUCUGUUGGUGGGGAAGGUACAAGUUGAUUUGCAUCAACAAACAGUCUGCUGCUAUCAUGAUUAUGCAAUAAAAUAAUAUUGGCCUUGCUAAGUGUAUACUUAUAAAAUACUUUCAUUGCAUGUGUCACUCCAGAUAAUGUUGCAUAUGUUCUGGUAAUAUAUAGCAUGGAUGUGUAAAUUUCGUUCAAAGAUGGAACGAAAAAAUAGCAUGGUUGUCUUGCUCUAAUGGCAUACAACAUGCUUGUAGAUCGGGAGAUGAACAGAGCUACCGACUGGAUUGGCUCUUUUGUUACCUAACACUUGAUGGUUUACUCUGAAAAAGCUAUGAAACUAUCCCUCCCUCUCCGCGGCAUCUUCUUUUUUUUAUUAUUUUGUAUUCGUGCUAGAAUAGCAUGAUCCACCAAGCCUAUCAAAAGAAAAAUCACAACAUGAUCUUGUUUUAUAGAGGAAGUCCAUAAGGGAAAAAUCUGUACUGAGUUUGGGCAAUCCAAAUUGCCGUUGCAUCAACUGUACCUUUAGUGACUAAAUCAUAGAAGGCCUUGAAUAGUUUUGAGGUUAGUGAAGAACCCAGGUGACCAGCAAACGCAGUUGUGCAAUAUAUCUCUCUAUCCUCAUUAAUGUGCUAGCUCGGUCAUAAUGUGUACCAAUUGAUCAAUAAAAUUUAGUAUGAGAUGAAUGUAUCAAGUGCGGACACUUUUAACUUGCAUGCCUUACUAUUGAAUGCAAGAGUCCUCCAAUUUGCCACUUCGAUGAAUGUAGAUUUUCAGCACCAAGCGUCCAGUCCCAUUGGUUCCGAAAACAGGUCAAGCAUCCGGAUCAAAGCAACAAGCCCACUGCCAGCUAACGCAUGCCAAGAAUUCCAAACCACGUCCAAAAACAUGCAUCAUUCACAAA